UUUACAACCGUUACAUGUAAAAGAUUGGAAACUCCUGUCACAGAUGUAAUAAUGCGUUUCGCCUGCUGACCGCCGCGUGAUGGCGCUGUUGGAGCAUUUGUUUAGUCAAAACACAAAUGAUGCUUGUACAAACAACGUACAUUUAUCAAAAUCACAAAAUGUAUGACAUGUUUUGGAAUUUAAAUAAUAAUACAUUGUUCGGUGUUUACAGCUUUUUCGUAUUUACGCAAUGUAAUUGUACAAUAAUUUUAGGAAAUAAAUCUAAUUUCACUUUUCUCAAUUUUUUAAUGAAACUUUAUAUUCGUUUUAUUGUCAUUGUGCAGAGUACAGGUACAGACACAAUGAAAUGCAAAGUAUUCAUCUAACCAGAAGAGCAAACCGCAAUAUGUUUAUAAGUAUAUAUUAAAUGUAUAUAUAUAAGUAUAUAUACAUUUAAUAAAGAAUCGCGCAUUAUUAUGAAAAGCCUGACAUCUUGGACUACGGCUUCACAUAAAGGUAAUAAACUUAUUAGAUGAGAACUUUGGCAAGUGUCUGAAAUAAAAGCCUCCGGUUUGUUGAUGUGGAUCCUGGAUCCGGCUGGCAGAACAGGUGCGCGCUUCAGUGUGCGUCGAGAGUUCUGAUUGGAGGAGAGGCGCUGGAGCUCAUCCUGAUUGGCUGGGGCUUUCAGAGGGGCGUGUCCGCAGGUGAAGUGCCGCACUCGUCUAGUCCACUGGCGAGCGCACAGGGAAGUGAACACAGUCUCCCGACAAAAAUCUCAUAUUGGACUGAAAUUGUGGUUUUGAUGACAUAAAGCGGCAGAUGUGAGUGGAAAAUCAAGAGUAUAGAUUACAGUGUGGUAAAGAUGGUGUGGAUGUUGGUGGAGGUUCUGGUUCUGUUAGAAGGAAGGAAUGACCACGUUGACCAAGCGGAUCCGGCGCCCGGAGGCUCCGGUGGAGGAGCAGAAGGAGGAGAAGAGAGACGCCUCGGAUGAAGAGCAGGACACAGACUCCAAAUCACUGAGACUCACACUGAUGGAGGAGAUCCUGCUGCUGGGACUCAAAGAUAAAGAGGGCUACACGUCCUUCUGGAACGACAGCAUCUCGUCAGGUCUGCGCGGCUGUAUUCUGGUGGAGCUGACGCUGAGAGGACGCAUUCACCUGGAGCCGCAGAGCUCCCGCCGCAGGAAACUGCUGGACCGCAAGGUCUUGUUCAAGUCGGCCGCUCCCACCGGUGACGUCCUGCUGGAUGAAGCGCUGAAGCACAUCAAGAGCACUGAACCGCCGGAGGACGUGGCCAGCUGGAUCGAGCUGCUCACAGGCGAGACCUGGAACCCUCUGAAGCUGCACUUCCAGAUCCGUAACGUCCGUGAGCGUCUGGCCAAGAAUCUGGUGGAGAAGGGCGUCCUGACCACGGAGAAGCAGAACUUCCUGCUGUUCGACAUGACCACGCACCCGGUGACGGACAGCAGCGAGAAGGAGCGUCUGGUGCAGCGUCUGCAGGACAGUCUGCUGGAGCGCUGGACCAACGACUCGCGCCGCAUGAGCCGCCGGGUGCUGGCGCUGAUCCUGCUGGCCCACAUCUCAGACGUGCUGGAGAACGCGCUCUCAACGCUGCCCGACGAUCGCUACGACCUGGCCUGCUCGCGCUCGCGAAGCCUGCUGGACGCCGACCCGGACCUGGAGAGCGCCAAGGUCACGAGCCCCGCGGACGAGAUGAUCUGGGCCGUGCUGGCCGCGUUUAAAAAGUCCUGAGAGAACUAGAUCACCGACCCGUCCUGGACUGAAACAAAACUCAAGUGACUCACUUCGAGCACUACUUCAGAUUUUUUAAAGUCGAUAUUUAUGUGAUGAAAGUCGACUUUGUUCCCUCGUUUUACUAACUUGUGGCCAUGUUGUAAUAAUGCAUUCCCUUAAUUUAGUUAGAUCAAAAAGAGGGAACAAAGUAGUUUACCGUUUAAAACAAGGGAACAAAUUAAUAAGUUGUGGAAAUGAUAUACAUAUUUUUGUCAAGUGCGAGGCUCAUAAACAUUAGCUGAAAUAAAAUAAAAAACAUAAACUUAUUUAAUUUCAGCGAGUUUCCAACAUCUCUCAUUUUUGUUUGGUUUAACUUGAAGUACUGAAAUAACUAAAACUAAAACUGAAAUAAAAAAUUUAUGAAAUCCAGACAUAUUUUUUUUUAAAGCACAACAAAAUUACUAAAACUUUAACAAAAUUUACUAUGAAAACAGAAAAUAUAUAAAUCAAAACUAAUUAAAAAUAUUAAUAAAAAACUUUAAUGGUAUAUCAAUUACACUGAUAACACUUGUUUACAUUAAUUAACUACAUUAGUUGACAUGAACUAACAACGAACAAUACUUUUAAUUCAUCUUAAUUUUACAUUUUUAAGAUCAAAGGCAGGCUUUCUCAGUAGGCAGCAUAAGCGUCCCGUUCCCUUGAAGUGCUGUCUAUGUAGGGAGCUGACUAGAGUUUGAACGGAGCCGCUGGUGACAGUGGAUGUUUUUUGUGUUGUGCAACAAAUGUUCUGUCGCUGACGGCUGGCAUGUCAUGUGACAUCACUUCUUCAUCAUGUGACAUCUCUUCUUCAUCAUGUGACACUCUCACUGUCACCAUGACAACGGCCUGUUGUGUUGCUCAAGGCUGCAUGUGACGCUGCUCUCUUCCUCUCUGUGUCAGAUGAUCCAGUAACUUAUUCAGUAAAUUAUACCCAGUUAUUCCAGACAGAUUAUAAAGUAACUGUCUUAAUAUUUAUUCAGUAGUUUUUCUUUGAGUUUAAGUGUAAGGUGUUGAUAUAUUGUGAAGGAUGGUUUGAUACGGGUUCAACAGAGUUACAGCAGUCGCUCUGAACUAAAGACUAUCUCUGCUUUACUUAUGUACUGUACGUCUGACAGCGACACUAGAUCUCCUGUAAACACCUGCUUCUGCUCUAGUGAUGUCAUUUCCUGGCUGCCAGGAUUUUUAUGAAUUUUCUUGUCAUUUGGUGAAAAUCAUGUGGUUACAGGGUUGAGCACAAAUGUGGGAAACAGUUAAAUAAAUUUGUUAAUAGUUGAAUAUGGUUAAUACAAUUAUUGCUGUUAUUUUAUUUGUAUUAUUUUGAAUCAUUUAGAAUAUGGCGCUGCAUGAUUUUAGAUAUUUUUGGGAUGGGCCAAAAUCACCAUUUUACAGACAUUUGAUGUUAAUUGAGGUUGAUUUUACAUGUUUAGUUGUACAGAUACAGUGACGGCUCAGAUUUUCAUCAUUCAUAUACAGUUAUGAGUCUCUGAAAUGCUGUAAAUCCACUGCUAUUCAUUAUCAAUAACAUACGAAGAGAAGAAGCUGUUGAACAGCUGAAAAACUUGAUUAUUUUGCGGAAGGACUUUAUGUUGAGAUUAAUAUGCAGCGCAGGAUGUUUUUCUCUUUUGAUGUGUGAAUGUUUGAUAUUCAACUAUAAUAAUAAAUUAUAGCUGUUUCUCUGUCAGUCCACUGAUUGUUGAAUUGAAUAAAAUGUUUAUCAUUUUU